AUGAAGAUGGUUGGACAAGAUUCAUCUUUAUUCCCUUCAGUAGGGAAAUCAUUGGGAAAACCAGCCAAUUUUGAAUUAAGUCAUCUAGAGAAAUUGCAAGCGCAUAGAUAUGUGUUGUACAAUUGUGAUGUUGUUAAUCCAUAUCUAAAGGAACAUGCUUCUAAUCUGAAACGAAAGAGACGCGACCGUCGCCUAACUCCUAAAGAUAUUGAGCAGAUACAGAAUAAAGAAUUUCCAGAAUGGUUUAGACAACAUAUCUUGCAUUUAGAAGAAACAAAUGGACCCGACAGCAUUAACGAAGACAUUAGAUGGUUGGCACGAGGUCCAUUGGAGUUUGCAAGAAGACAUAGAGCAUAUAACAUACGUGGGUUCAGAUUUAGGGCCAAAAGGAUUCUUGAUAUCAUAGAGAUUGAUUAUUAUGGAAGAUUUUCAGUGGUACUGUUUAAAUGUGAAUGGGUUGAUGUCACUCGAGGAAAGGGAGUUAAAAAGGAUAAGUUUGGCUUAUCCCUUGUGAAUUUCUCACAUCAAAUUCACAGAGGUGAUAGAAUUGAGCAUGAACCAUUUGUGUUUGCCAAUCAAGUUGACCAAGUGUUCUACUUGGAAGAUCGGACGAACCCUGGGUGGUCAGUUGUCUUGAAGAUGAAGCCCAGAGAUGUAUAUGACAUGGGAGAAGAUUGGAAUGAUGUACAAUCUGAACCUUUUCAUGUCAGCAAGCUUGGGGACCUGUUUAAGAAUGCACACGACAACCAUUCAUGGACUAGAAGUGAUAUGGAAGGCUAUACGGUAGAUGGAACUGCUAAAGACCAUGACAUUGGUAGUGAUAUAGAAGAUGAGUGCUAAAUAAGAAUACUCCAUCAGCUCAAGGAAUGUAGCUCAAAGAACCUGUUGUUGUGCAGAUCUCCCUAGCAAAUACAAGCCUAGAAAGAAGCAUUGCUUGACCGCUUCGACCAUCGGCGCUGGUGGCAGCCUGGACAAAGCUCCUUGUCGAAGCACCAAGACGACAAGACUCAUCAACAGCGAGAACUAGGAGUAUAGACAGAUGGUGUGGAGAUCUCUUGUACAAAUAUGAGGACAAAUUGUAGGGCAUUGAACUACCGCGUAGCUUAGUGCUGACUGUUAGUUUUGGGGUGCUUCCUUUUCAAUGUUGUGUUUGCUGACUGUUACAGUUGGGCUACCAGUUUGCUAAUUAUUAUUUGUGUCGAUGGUGAUUAAUGUGAACUCUAUGCUGAACACCUUGUACAUAAAUGAGAUGUUGGCCA